AUGGGGCGCGCAGGCAAGACAUCGAAUCGUUUUCUUUCCUUCUCUCCCCACAUCCUCUUCACAUUUCUGUUCGCCCUGAGCCUAUGCGCAAGUGGAGCGCUCGCCCGAGAGGAAACAGUCAAAGCCUUCCUCAUCCCGCACAGCCACUGCGAUCCCGGAUGGCUGGAGACUUAUGAGGUGCCCUCCUUCAUCCGCGAUUUCUUCAGCAACGGUUACCACUCUCACUUCGUGGAGCGCAUCUUGACGGAAGUGAUGAACUCUCUGUCGCGGAGCCCGGACCGUCGAUUUGUGUGGGCAGAGAUUUCGUUCUUCAGCCGCUGGUUCGACACCAAGAGUGUCACCGUGAAGCAGCAAGUGAAGAAGUUCGUGGAAAAUGGACAGCUCGAGUUUGUUGAAGGCGGAUGGGUCCAACCCGACGAAGCCAACACGAACUUCGACAUUCUGGUCAAUCAGUUGACCGAGGGCCACGACUACCUUUUGAAGAACUUUGGUGUCCGCCCACGAUUCGCCUGGCAAAUCGAUCCAUUCGGUCAUUCCUCGCUGACGCCCACCCUCGCUGCGGCAGUCGGGUUUGACGCCCUCGUGAUCAACCGAAUCCAUCACAAUCUCAAGUCCUACUUCAAGCAGACACGACACAUGGAGUUUGUGUGGCAGGGAUCGCCUUCGCUGGGUGAGGAGAGUGAGAUAUUCACGCACGUGCUUCACACGCACUACAGCGCACCGCAAGGUUUCGACUUUGAAGAGGGCAACGUUUCGCCAGUGGGAAGCAAUGCCCAGCAAAGAGCAGCUCAGUUGGCCAAGGAGCUCAAGAAUCGGGCGGAGGCAUACCGCACACCGAAUCUCCUGGUCACCUUUGGCGACGACUUCAAGUUCCAGAGGGCCGAGCACCAGUUCUCCAACAUGGACCUCCUGAUUGGUGAGAUCAACAAGGGCAACUAUGGUGUCAAGAUCCAGUAUGCCACGCUCUCCGAGUACUUCGAUGCGGUCUUUGCGGCCAAGAAGGACUUCCCGCUCUACAAGGGCGAUUUCUUCCCCUACGCCGAUAACUCGGAUUCCUAUUGGACGGGUUACUACACCACUCGCCCGAAGCUGAAGGGCCUGACUCGACAGGCGACCUCCAUUCUCCACUCUGCCGAGACCGCGUACGCUCUCGGUCGCGCGCAAGACUUUUCCAAGCACAUCCCCACGGCAUGGGAUAGACACUACACGAACAUCCUCCAGGGGAGACGAGAUACGGCGCUGGUCCAACACCACGACGGCAUCACGGGAACGGCGAAGCCGUUUGUCGCCGACGACUACACGAAUCGGUUGAACAGGGCAGUCGACAUCUCGCAUGAGACCAUUGCGGAGAUGACCAAGCACCUGCUGUACAACGAGCAACAGGAUGCAAACAGUCUGGCCGUGCUCAAAGACAUCGAGUUUGGCGUGUUUGACGCUCAGGACCGUCUGUUUACCCUCAAGGCCGGGGACGAAUAUCCUCUUGUGUACCACAACGGUCUGGGCUGGACGCGAUACCAGUACGUUCAAGUGAAGGUCUCCACCGCGAAGCCGCUGACGCUCCGCGUUUUCGACGCCGAUGGGAGCGCCGUGCCUGUGCAGACCUCGCCGCUUAACACCAAAGCCGAAAAGUCCGGCUCGGUGUUUUUCCUCAACUUCAUGGCCGAGGUGCCUCCGCUCGGUGUGUCGACCUACUUCGUGCGCGUUGUCGACAGCACGACUGUGCCCGAGGCCCCGCGCCAGCAUCAGGCGCACUUCUAUGGUCGCGAGGAGCUCGCAGGCGACGUUUCAAACCUGAAAAUCGAGAAUGAAUUCUUGAAGGUGACGCUGAGCCCCCAGACUGGACUUCCGGACAAGCUCUUCAACAAGGUCACGGGCCAGGAAAUCGCGCUCCACCAAAAAUACGCCGAGUAUCAAACCUCGAGAAGCGGAGCCUACAUCUUCCGUCCCGCUGGUUUGACCGAACUCUCGUUGGACGUGAAGGUGAGCAUCGCCACUGGAGAGCUGAUGUCGGAGAUUGCGAUCACCCUCAGUGCCUCACGCAAACUGACGCUUCGUCUCUACACCGCCCCGCAAGACCCGCUUUCGCACCCGGAAGUGGGCGGCGUACUGUUCACCUCGCACCUGAUCGACGCGCCAGGAAAUAGGGAGGUGGUCGUCCGCUACAAGACGGACAUCCCCACGGAUGAUACCUUCUACACCGAUAACGGUAUCGAGCUGCAGAAGAGGUCGCGAAACACCAACGAGGCCCGAUCUCGCGCUCACAUCGAGUCUUCGCGCGCCGGUGCGCAGGAGACUCAGUACUACCCUUCCAUUUCCAUCGCCAUGUUGCGCCACAUCUCCCAGGACCUUCAGUUCACCGUGAUAUCGAGCCAGUCGAUGGGCACCACCUCCUACGUUGACGGUGGAUUGGAGCUCAUGCUCCACCGGCAUCUUUCGCAGGACGACGGCCGAGGCCUGGGCGAAGGUGUGCGCGACCACAACGUGGUGACGAUACAGCAGUGGCUGAUGCUGGGCCACACCGAGGACGCCGAACUCCACCGCCGCCGGCUUUCGCUGCAGCAGGACCACCCGCUCACGCCCGUCACCAUCACCAAGGCGCCCGAGACCUUUGUGUGGUCCGACCAUUUUGUCAACUCCUACACUCCCCUCUCAGCGAGUCUGCCGGCCAAUGUGCACCUGCUUUCGCUGAAGGCCAGGGACGCCGUGUCCUCUGAGGUUGUCCUUCGACUCAUCCAUAUUGCCGAGGGAACUGAGGCGAUCGCGGCGCCGACGGAAGUCUUGCCGCGUAACUUCCAGUCCGAGGUGACGGUACAGCUGGGCAAACUGUUCAGCUCGACCGAGGACGGCUGGGCGAUCGAACACCCCCGGCCGCAAGCGGAUGAGGUGGACCAGCGGGUUCGCUACGAUGCGUCGCUGGGCAUGCUCAGUAUGAAAAUCGACUUCAACCGACUGGGCCGGGGCGGCAACCAAAACACCGAUGAAGAGGGUGUCUUCCUGUCGCAAGCGGCACUGGACAAGAUCGAGCAGGCGAAGGCUGCCAGCCGGCGAACGCUGUCCAUUGCCGACGAUGACUACGACGCAGAAGAAGGCGACGCCGAGCAUGUGCUCGAUGAUCACCAAAUUGUCUACGAGCGCGAUGUGAAGCAGCGCGGAGCCAAGCGUCGCGUCUUCGAUCCGGCCUCUGUGUCCACCGAGGCCAGCCAGCGCAAGCUGUUGGCCGUCGGCGCGAACGUUGACCCGCUCACCAUGCUGCUUCGACCGCUCCAGAUGAAGUCGCUUCUCCUCCUGCUUGAGAAGAAGGGCACCAAGGCCAUCAUCGAACCUGAAGUCGACGAGGGGCCAGGGCAAGAAGAAGAAAAGAAUUCGGAGGAGGAAGCACAGAAGCUAAAGGAACAGGCCGAAGCUGAGGCAGAAAGGAGGAAGCUACAGAAAGAGGAGGAGGAGGAGGAGGAAGAGGAAGCGAGGGAGAAAGAACAAGCCAAGCUGAAGGCGAAGCAGAAGAUGCAGCGCGAGGAAGAGGAGCGACAACAGCAUGAACAAAGGCGCAAGGCGCAGCUUGAGAAGGAGCAGGAGCAGGAGAAGACCGAGAAUAACCGAAAGGCCGAAACGGACAGGAGAGCAGAGGCCUCUUUCCCAGCAGCCUCUCGCUCGCAAGCGGACUUGAUGGCCGAAGAGCAGCGCUUCCUCUCGUCGGGUCUCGAGGGCGAGCGCAUGAUGCUGAUGUUCCUCACCAUCGUCAUCAUCUCCCUCAUGGUCGUCACAUACCUCGCCUUCCACCGGCGGCAUGCUUCGGCCAUCAUCUCCGUGUCUUCACUCGCAGCGGCUUCCUACCCGUGGUCCAAUGGCAACGCGCCGCAAUUCAGCAGCGGUGGCGCGGGCGCGUCUAGUCCAGCCUCGGGCAAGGACUUCUAUCGACGGGAGAUGGAUCAGAGGCUGUACAGGGCGGCACGUGCGUACCCGAUCGGCGCAUUCCUGGUCCGGAGUUGCAGUCUCGGGUGA